AUGGCUGGGGACAGGAACGGUCCCGCUGAGGGUAAUAGCUCCGAGAAAGCAGUUACCUUAAAUCCCUACGAGACGGACUAUGAACACAUACCAAAGGACGAUCCUUUUCUCAAGCGAAGCGCCCAUUACGGUCGCUACCGUCCACGUGACGACGAUUUCAGGCCUCGAUACGAUAAUUGGUGUCAAUCUGACCCGGACGCGUUCACUUACUGGGAAGAGUUUGUUAGAUCUUCCUGGACCUCCGACAAUUCCUUAAAUGUACCCGGUGCUCGGGAAGCCUUUGCUGUCGGCAGUGUGAUCAUCCGGGUGGAUACAGAGCCUGCUAUUGAUGAAGCAGCCGAGAAAUACUCUUAUGUGAAUGCAAACGAGCUGAGCGCAGCAAGAAAGGCGGAAGAUGCACUUAAGGAACUCGAAGUUGCUGUACCGAUCAUAUAUUUCUGCGGCACCAUUGACGGGAGGAAUGUCUCCGUGGAAUCUCGAAUUCCAGGGGUUUCUUUAGAGGUGGCUUGGAGAUACCUGACUGACGGGCAAAUAAAUCAGUUCAAGCAGCAAUGUCGUCGCGCUUUGGAGCGCCUGCGAGAUAUUGAUCCGCCCCCAGAGAGCCCCUCUUACGUCUGCAGUGGACUCAAUCCGCACCUACCACUCGAUAUUAAGGAGACAGAGCGAGAGAUACUAUUUACGGAGAAGAGAGAAACCGAGAGUUUGGACCUAGUGCACAAUAACAUGACCCCUUCCAAUAUCAUCGUGAACAAUGAACAAGUCGUUGGGAUUAUUGGGUGGCGACAUAGCGGGUUUUUUGGCUUUGAGAGAGCGAACUCAAUCCAUCGAAAGCUGAGGAUGCCACAAAGCGCCGACGGAGCCAUUGAGGGUGUUGGAGACGUGCAAGCUUGGAUUGAUCUUUACGAAAAUAUUUCAGGCGCGGUGAAUGGCUCCGGACUUGCACAGAGCAGAAACACCCCAGGUCCUCCGGUGAAGACAGAACCCUCGGCCAUGCCCCUGGACAAUGUACCUUUUAAUGGAGAAGCUGAGGAGAAGCCUCUUUUGGCUCGAGUCGAUGGCGGAGACCCUUCUGGGGAGCUCCCGACCCCCAGAAGUAUUGCCAACCUCAAACUCGAAAGAACAUCUAGAGCGUCAUCUUCCGACCGAUCAUCUCCAGCGAAUUCUACAAAACAGAGCACAGGAAGAAAGUCGGCCACCGGUACUACCAAGAAAGGAGUUGGGAGGAAACCGACCGGCAAAAAGCGCAAACUUGACGAUCAAGACAACGAUAGUGUCGACGGCGGUCGUUCCAACACACCCACAUCGUCCCGCAAUAGCAAAACUCCUGGUGGGAAAAAACGGGGCUCUGCGUCAAUCGUAGGAUCCCCGGCACCCGAACCUAAAAAGAGAGGUAGGAAGAAGAAGGCUGUGACACAGGAAGACGACGAUGAAUCCGUAGAUGGGGAUGAGAUAUUCUGCAUUUGCCGCAAGCCUGACAAUCAUACAUGGAUGAUUGCCUGUGAUGGCGAGUGCGAUGACUGGUUCCAUGGAAAGUGCGUGAACAUCGAUCCGAGAGAUGCCGACUUGAUUGAAAAGUAUAUAUGCCCAAAAUGCAAAGAACGUGGUAAAGGAUGGACUACAUGGAAGCCGAUGUGUCGGCUGCCCGGAUGUCGGAAACCUGCUCGCAUUGACGCAAAAGAACCCAGCAAAUACUGCACCGACGAGCAUGGGUAUGAAUUCAUGCGUUUGAAAACCCGACACCUGGGCGUCUCGUCGGGCGCAGGGUCCCGAAAGUCGACUACCUCUGCCCGAGCUACAGCCAAUGGACAAGGCGUGAAUGGCAUAACCCCCAAUGGUGUCCAGGGUAACGGGGGUCCAGAGGAUCUUGGUAGCAGAGGCGGUGUCCUCACCACUGGCGAGCUCAAGGCGCUGGUAAUGGGGGUCUCCUCGGCGAUUGAAUUCCGCAGGCUCGGCGAACGCCUCAUAUCGCCUCCACCGGACGAGGGAGGGCCUGAGAAUGAGACCAAACCCAAAAAGAUGCUUGGCUUGGAUGUCGAUCCAGACCCGGAGCGCUUUGCCUAUUCCCCCGACGAGGCUUCGAAAAUGAAGGAGCUACGCAAAUGGCGUGAGGAGUUACUUCAUCGAAGAGAAAUGCUCAGCGCACGGAACACGUUUUUGGCGCUUGUUCGUCAGCGAUCUAAAGCCAUCCUCGAGCGACUGAAGCAAACGGAACCCAAAGGAGGGUGGAAGGACAUCUGCGGGUUUGACAGCCGACUUGCGUGGUCCGAUGACGAGUUUGACGAGUGGCGGCUCUCAGAUGUCGGGGCGAAGGCACUCCAGGACGGCACGCCGGAAUCCCUAGCGUCGAGUUAUUCUGAUGCUACCGACGCAGACGGCGACACUUCCAUGGGGACUGAUGAGCACGACGUGGCGAGCAUCAGCCGCGGGGUCUGUACAAAAAAGCGCUGUGAAAGACAUAAACAGUGGGUCAAGAUCCAGCAGCAAGAAAUUCUGUUCGAGGAAAACACCCUUGCCCAGGAUCUCACCAAAUGUGAGAAGGAAGCACAAAAUGUGGUGGAAAGAGCGGUUCUCAGGAUAUGGGCCGAGAAAGACAAUGCUCAAGUUGGUAGUCAGUGA